AUGUUAACUACUGUUUUCUCUUUUCCCACAGGCAGCUACUCCCUGUCGGUCAGGGACGGGGACGUGAGGACCGGAGACACAGUGAAACAUUAUAAGAUCCGUAUGCUGGACAAUGGAGGGUUCUACAUCUCUCCCCGCAUCACCUUCAGCACCCUGCAGGAGCUGGUCAGCCAUUACAAGAAGCAGGGAGAUGGUCUCUGCCAAACCCUGACCCACCCCUGCUUGAGCCCUAAACCGGAGAAACCGUGGGAGAAAGACGCUUGGGAAAUCCCCCGAUCAUCGCUGAAGCUGGAUAAGAAGCUCGGAGCCGGACAGUUUGGAGAGGUUUGGCUGGCUACAUACAAUAAGCACACCAAGGUAGCAGUGAAGACCAUGAAGCCUGGCACCAUGUCGGUGGAGGCCUUCCUGGGGGAGGCCAACCUGAUGAAGGCUCUGCAGCACGACAAGCUGGUGCGCCUCAACGCUGUGGUCACCAUGGAGGAGCCCAUCUUCAUCAUCACCGAGUAUAUGGAGAAAGGUGUGUGUGUGUUUGUUUCCCAACCUUUUAUUUAUUACAUUUAUUAACAUGUGAACUCUAUG